UCAAAACAUGCGAAUGGGAGACAAAUAGCGGAGAGGGGCCCGAGAAUUGGAGUCGAUGGUACGCGCCAUCAUGGUAGGCGCCGAACGCGCAAAGGAGAGCUCUAAUAUAAAAAAUGAAAGAAGGGAGAGAAGGGAAUAUGUAAUAUUGUAUUACAUAUUAUAAAAUACCAUGAUAUUACUGCAUCGAAAAAUAAUGACUUCAUGCAAAUCUAUAAUAUAAAACAUAACUUACCUUUCUUGCCGUUUUUUAUUUUUAGAUACACGCUUUGCAAAUAUGGUAUAACUCCGAUUUUUCUUAUUCCCUUUCAAAUGCAUUCUGCUUCUUGCAUUUUCACUUUCUUCUUUUCGUUCCAUAUUCACACAAUUAGCACAAUAAUGUAUAAAAAUGAAAUAGUUCAAAAGUUAUAAAUAAUACACAACAAAUGAAAACUCUAUUGAAAACUCUAUUGCUUUCUUGCGCGUGUUCACCGUUGUGCGGAAAACAAAAGAAAAUCAGAGAGAGCAUCAGAAAUCCAAGAUGGAUAAAAUGGAUUGUUCAACUGCCGAGAGGCAGAACGACAAAGAAGUAGGAGAAAAUGGAGAUAAUCACGAACAGAUAAAUCAGGGGAGUAAUGAAGAGUCCCAAAAAAGGAAGGAGGAACCAGUCAACAGAGUAUUACUGGAGUUAAUUGAAACAUAUAAAAAACAAAAUGCAGAGCUAAAAAAAGAGUUAAAGCGACUGAAACACAGUCGAGGGGCUAGAGGAGGAGGUAGUGGAAGGGGCGGUAGAGGAAGAGGUGGUACAGGAAGAGGAGAUAUGAACGGACCUCUCUACAGGUCGCAAUCGGUUUCUGGGCAAGCCAGAGCUAUGUGUAGUACAGGCCGUGUUCAAGAAGCUCCGCUCCUCGCUAGCUCUUUACACUUGAUAGGUGACUCUAAACCUACAUGUAGUGAACACGUUGCGAACCAUGAGUAG